AUGGCAGAGCGAUUUGAGUUUAUCGGUUUUGUCAGACCGGGCAGGGGUACCGAGCUUGGUGAACCUCACCCUCCGCCCCCGGGGGUGCUGAGGUCGGAGUGCAGCCACACUGUGUCAGCAGCCAUUGUAGAGCCCCCAGAGGAAGUGCAGGGCGAUGCUCAGGAGCACAGACUCGAGCCAGACUGCCUGGGUGCAAAACUUGGCUAUGCCCCUUCCGAGCUGGACAAGUCAAAACAGAGCAAGACCGAGGAGCAAAGAAAGAGCCGGGGUCAGCAGGCGAAAGAGACAGUUACCUGGCCGGCAAAGGGUCGAGCGGCCCCGGCCCUUGAUUCCCGCCUGCCCCGCCAUGCGCGGCCCCCACCCGGGACCCCGGCUCCCAAGCCGACUCUUCGGGCCCCCCCACCCCCGCGCCCAGGACGAGGGGCCACAACUGCAGGCAGACGCCGCGCGCGGGCCACUCGGAGACUCACCUCCCCCGGAUGCGCUACACCAUCAAUGGAGGAAAGGAACGGCAUUGGGAAGAUGUCAGCCUGCAGAAGAAACCGUGGACCCGGAGUGGCAGAUUCAAAAGCAGCUGCCUUCAGGAGACAAUGGCCGGGGACUUCCGUGGCGGUCCGACAGUUAAGACUCCAGCCUUCCACUGCAGGGGACACAGGUGCUUUCUAAGCUCUCAAGAGCUCCAUCCCCUUUCCCUACGCCCCGGACCUCUUCCUUUGUUGUUCAUGGACUGCAGCAUGCCAGGCUUUCCCCAUGUACCUCUUCCUAGGGGAUCUUCCCAACCCAGGGAUCGAACCCAAGUUUCCCCCAUUGCACUCAGUUGAAUGCACCAGGGAAGCCACCAGGAAGACACGUGGGAAGUGAACUGGGGCCUCCUGCAUUGCAAGCAGAUUCUUUACCAGCUGACCUACCAG